AUGAUCGACCGCUCGUACAACAUGGCCGUCUUCAAUAGCAGCUCUAAUGAAGCAUUUGCAAGUGUUCCAGAGUUCUUUCCUCCGAAAGUCCUGGAAGCUCUCAGCAGCACCCAGACCCCCAUCGUUGCCACGACCUACGAACCCACCAUCGUGAACGGUUCCGGCGAAAGGCCGGACUUGCAGAAAGAAGUAUCGCCCGGGACAGUCGGAGAGCGUGUCCGCGACGACUCCUCCGGGUCUGCCACGACCACGGAGGACAGCCUCACUGCGCCUUCUGUGAAGGUGGGGACACUGGGAGUCUCGAGUGCGGAGGAGAUCGCAGUACCAUGGGAAAUCGGUCCGCAAGCCUGUCCGGGCGGGUGCACGGAGGAGAUGAGGUCCCUCGAGCUUCACGCAGCUCUGGAAGGCCUCAAGCCGAGCGAGCGAAAGCUCAAGUGGCCGCUACCUAUACCGCUGUUCGUGAAGCCACGCGACAAGAGCCUGUCGUUUCGCUUCAUAGACUACGGCUGGCUAUCCCAGUGCGUCUACCUCGCCGCUCAGGAGGAAGUGUUCGCCCAGACAUUGGACCACAGGGGAUGGCUGAGAAUCUUCGUGAAGUCAACUAGAGCCGCGCACAACCUGGUCCAGAUGGAGACACUGGCGGGUAUGCGCGUGAAGUGCAGUGUAGUCAACAGCUACUCCAACAGCGUCGGCUACGUUCGUAACGUGCCGCGGCGCUACACGGACACCGCGCUGUUCGAGAUACUCCAAGACCAGGGCGUCAUCUGCGCCCAGCGCCAGAGCGGAUUCAUCCGGUACAACAACGCCUCUGUCGGGGACACGGCCACGGGAACGGUGGUACUCACGUUCCUGCCCGACCGACGGCUGCCGACGACGGUCACCAUCGGCCUUAUUUCUUACGAGGUCACGCGCAGGCUCACCCUACCGAUACAGUGCUUCAACUGUCAGCGCCUCGGCCACUACGCGAAAAACUGCACGAUGUCCAUCGCGUGCCGACUCUGUGGGGGCGCCCACUACUACACGGAGUGCAAGGACCGGAACAAGCCGCACUGCGUCAACUGCGGCGAGGCACACCCGUCCACUUACUGGCGUUGUCCCGUGCGCCUCACGUUCGCCUCGUCAGACUCGCGCAACUCGUGGCUCGAGAGCGCGGUCAAGUCGUGA